UGGAAUGUUGGCCUUUAUUACAAAGGGAAUUGAGUGCAAGAGCAAGGAAAUCCUCUUGCAUUUGUACAGAGCCCUGGUGAGACCAUACCUGGAGUAUUGUGUACAGUUUUGGUCUCCAGGGUUAAGGAAGGACAUCCUGGCUGUAGAGGAAGUGCGGUGUAGAUGCACGAGGUUAAUUCCUGGGAUGUCUGGACUGUCUUACGCAGAAAGGUUAGAGAGACUGAGCUUGUACACGCUGGAAUUAAGGAGAUUGAGAGGGGAUCUGAUUGAAACAUAUAAGAUUAUUGAGGGAUUGGACAAGAUAGAGGCAGGAAAUAUGUUCCAGAUGCUGGGAGAGUCCAGUACCAGAGGGCAUGGUUUGAGAAUAAGGGGUAGGUUAUUUAGGACAGAGUUAAGGAAAAACUUAUUUUCCCAGAGAGUUGUGGGGGUCUGGAAUGCACUGCCUCGGAAGGUAGUGGAGGCCAAUUCUCUGGAUGCUUUCAAGAAGGAGCUAGAUAGGUAUCUUAUGGAUAGGGGAAUCAAGGGAUAUGGGGACAAGGCAGGGACUGGGUAUUGAUAGUAAUUGAUCAGCCAUGAUCUCAAAAUGGCGGUGCAGGCUCGAAGGGCCGAAUGGUCUACUUCUGCACCUAUUGUCUAUUGUCUAAAAGGCCGUGGACCCCGCCCAGUAAAUCACGGGUAAAGCCCUCCCCACAUCUACAUGAAACUCUGUCAGAAGAAAGCAGCGUCCAUCAGAGAUCCCAUCACCCAGGCCGUGCUCUCUUCUCACUGCUGCCAUCAGGUAGAAGGUACAGGAGCCUCAGGACUCGCACCAUCAGGUUCAGGAACAGUUACUAUCCCUCAAUCAUCAGGAAGGAGAUACAGGAGCCUCAGGACUCGCACCAACAGGUUCAGGAACAAUUACCACCCCUCAACCAUCAGGGAGGAGGUACAGGAGCCUCAGGACUCACACCAACAGGUUCAGGAACAGUUACCACCCCUCAACCAUCAGGAAGGAGGUACAGGAGCCUCAGGACUCACACCACCAGGUUCAGGGACAGUUACCACCCCUCAACCGUCAGGUAGAAGGUACAGGAGCCUCAGGACUCACACCACCCGGUUCAGGAACAAUUACCACCCCUCAACCAUCAGGAAGGAGGUACAGGAGCCUCAGGACUCACACCACCAGGUUCAGGAACAGUUACCACCCCUCGACCAUCAGAAAGGAGGUACAGGAGCCUCAGGACUCGCACCACCAGGUUCAGGAACAGUUACCACCCCUCAACCGUCAGGUAGAAGGUACAGGAGCCUCAGGACUCGCACCACCAGGUUUAGGAACAGUUACUAUCCCCUCAACCAUCAGGUAGAAGGUACAGGAGCCUCAGGACCCGCACCACCAGGUUCAGGGACAGUUACCACCCCUCAACCAUCAGGUAGAAGGUACAGGAGCCUCAGGACUCACACCACCAGGUUCAGGAACAGUUACCACCCCUCAACCAUCAGGAAGGAGGUACAGGAGCCUCAGGACUCACACCACCAGGUUCAGGGACAGUUACCACCCCUCAACCAUCAGGAAGGAGGUACAGGAGCCUCAGGACUCACACCACCAGGUUCAGGAACAGUUACCACCCCUCGACCAUCAGAAAGGAGGUACAGGAGCCUCAGGACUCGCACCACCAGGUUCAGGAACAGUUACCACCCCUCAACCGUCAGGUAGAAGGUACAGGAGCCUCAGGACUCGCACCACCAGGUUCAGGAACAGUUACUAUCCCUCAAUCAUCAGGUAGAAGAUACAGGAGCCUCAGGACUCACACCACCAGGUUCAGGAACAGUUACCACCCCUCAACCAUCAGGUAGAAGGUACAGGAGCCUCAGGACUCGCACCACCAGGUUCAGGAACAGUUACCACCCCUCAACCAUCAGGCUCCUGAACAAAAGGGAAUAACUACACUUGCCCGUCUACUGAGAUGUUCCCACAACCAAUGAUCUCACUUUAAGGACUCUUUAUCUCACUAUCUCGUUAUUUAUUGCUAUUUAUUUAUAUUUGCAUUUGCACAGUUCGUUGUCUUCAGCACUCUGGCUGAUCUUUCACUGAUCCUGUUUACAAAGUACGCCCGCGGGGAAAUGAUGUACUCUGAUAAUAACAUUUACUUUGAAACAAACUUUGUCACUUUUAGAGCAGGUCGCGUGACCUCGACCAAUCACCAGCGAAAUCAACAAAAGCGGCAGCCAAUCCCGUUACAGCUGGUAAGAGAAGUCCCGCCCCCCCCCCACCCAACAGAGCGGCGCUCCCUCUGGACCCUUCCGGGGAAGAGGCGCUCCCUCGACAGCCUGCUCUCCGCCGCUGGAUCUCUGCAGGAGGGAGGCCCGGGAGGGGCGGCGGCGGCGGCGGCUCCGUGUGUCACCGCUGAGGAAUGAAAGGAGCCCGGGUGAUUUUGCAACGGUCUCUGGGGGGGGUUGGGAGAGCCAUUCCACCUCACCCCGUCCGGCUGCCGGUGAGUCAGACGAACUGGGGGAAAGUUCGGGCGAGUUCCACCUGCCCAGGGAUUCCCUGCGGCCCGGUCGUCGCUGCCAAAUAUGGGCAUGUGCGUCAUCCACUGGGCGUCUGAUGUAAUGAGGGCACUCAUGGUAAAGUCACGGUCUUCCUGUUGUAAUCAACAGUUGCAAUGUAAUGUGAUUACAAACACGGUGAAUUUAGAUUUGGGGCAGGAUUACACCAUUUCAAUAGGAAGAUUACAACACAUUUCUUCCUCUGUGUGUGUGUGUGUGUGUGUAUAUAUAUAUAUAAAUAAAAAAAACGAGAAUUUUUCUCAAAUAUCUGGAUAGGCUUUUUCCAUUGAGAGUAGGGGAGAUUCAAACAAGAGGACAUGAGUUGGGAGUUAAUGGGCAAAAGUUUAGUGAUAACACGAGGGGGAACUUCCUUACUCAGAGAGUGGUAGCUGUGUGGAAUGAGCUUCCAGAAGUGGUAGAGGCAGGUUCGAUAUUGUCAUUUAAGGUAAAAUUGGAUAGGUGUAUGGACAGGAAAGGAAUGGAGGGUUAUGGGCUGAGUGCAGGUUGGCAGGACUAGGUGAGAGUAAGCGUUCGGCACGGACUAGAAGGGCCGAGAUGGCCUGUUUCCAUGCUGUAAUUGUUACAUGGUUAUAUCUAUAUUAAUAACAAUUCCACAUAAAAGGUAAAAUAAACAUGAGCAAGAUCGUAUUAACCGAAUACCUUAGAAUAAAGAAAAAGACAAUUGAUUCUCCUCUUAUCCAUAAAAAGAAAGAAAAUAAAGAAACUUCUAUAAUUUUUAUAUACGUUAAACCCCCCACAACUGGGCAGCUCAGACUGACAGUGAAAGGAAAAGAAAAAAGAGAAACUUUCUGAUCAAAUCCAACGGUUCGAGAAGGUGAAUGGAGGGGCCCAACUUCACAUUUCAUCCUCUGUCCUUUCAGCCUGUUCCUGUCCCUUACCGCCCCUUGAAGAGUGCAGCGACAAACACCGGGGGCCCUCCCGGGAUACAGCCAUGGAGGUAUUCCGUGACCACUGGGGGUAAACACCAUCCUCAAGAGAGAUGGGAACAAUUUAGUUUGUGUUGGUCAUUGUUACGGUCCACACUUCUGAUGUAGAAACUGAUUUGCAGUAAAGGUAAGAAUAGUGGUUACUCUCUGAGGGUGGGGGGGGAAGAUCACCGAGUCUGUCUUAUUACAGCGUGGAAUAGGCUCUUCGAGCCAUGCCGCCCAGCGACCCCCCUCGAUUUAAUCCUAGUCUAAUCAUGGGGCAAUUUACCGUGACCAAUCAACUGGCCAACAGGUAUGUCUUUGGACUGCGGGAGGAAACCGGAGUACCCGAAGGCAACCCACGCGGUCACGGGGAGAGCAUACAAACUCCUCACAGGCAGCGGCGGACAUUGAACCCGGGUCGCUGGUAUUAUCAAGUGCUCACGCUUCUGUGAUGCCCCAUUUUAAAGACCCCUUAUGUUCAGAACAAAUUUUCCACGUUCUCCCUGGAGAAAGACGACCCUCCGCCCUGUGGCGAACCUGUCAGGUCUCGGACAUUUCACACAAACUCCCACGGAUAUAAAAGCUGCAGACAUUGGUGGAGUAGUGAUGGGAAUAGUAAAAACCUAAUGGGCCGAACUGCCUGAUCCUAGUCUUGUAUCUGAUGGAAACACUCAGCAGGCCGGACAGUGGACGUGUGGGAGAGUGAAGCAGUUAAUAUUUUGGGUUUAAAAGUGGGAGGGAGAGAAAAAAAACAGGCCAUUCAGCCCACAGAUUCUGUACUGACCAACAAUCAGGCGUUGACACUGAUAGUGUUCUACUCCCAUUCCCGCCACCUCCACCCAAUCCUACCCCUCACCCACGUACUAAGGGCAAUUAACCCACCCACCCCGCACGCCGGUAGGAUGUGGGAGCAACUACAGGGCCAAUGGCAGGGUUCUUUGCAGUACUGCUGAACGGGGGAUCCUCUGGGCCCACGCCCAUAAAUCCCUCAGAGCUGCCACGCAAGUUGUUAGGGUCAAGGCGUAGGAGAGGGGCUAGGCCAUUCCAUCGCGGCUGAUUUAUUAUGACCCCCUCAACCCUGUUCUGCCCCCAGAAACUGGAAUUACGCCAAGAACCAACCUAAGAAGGCACGACAGCGCCUGUAUCUCACUGGGAGUUGGAGGGGGCUUGGUAGGCCAACCAAGGCUCUCGUGGACUUCUGCAGGUGUACCGUCACGGAGCGCCCUCUCACGGGUCGCAUCGCUGACCACUCAAGAAAAGUGCAGGAACUUGUGAACUCAGCCAAUUCCCUCGUGGGCCUCACCUCCAACGCCAUCUUCAAAACAUCGUUAAGGACCCCCGUCACCCAGGACAUGCCCUCUUCUCACUGUUACCAUCAGGGAGGAGGUACAGGAGCCUGAAGACACACACUCAACGAUUCAGCAACAGCUUCUUCCCCUCUGCCAUCAGGGAGGGGGUACAGGAGCCUGAAGACACACACUCAACGAUUCAGCAACAGCUUCUUCCCCUCUGCCAUCAGGGAGGGGGUACAGGAGCCUGAAGACACACACUGAACGAUUCAGGAACAGCUUCUUCCCCUCUGCCAUCAGGGAGGAGUUACAGGAGCCUGAAGACACACACUCAGCGAUUCAGGAACAGCUUCUUCCCCUCCGCCAUCAGGGAGGGGGUACAGGAGCCUGAAGACACACACUCAGCGAUUCAGGAACAGCUUCUUCCCCUCUGCCAUCCGAUUCCUGAAUGGACAUUGAACCCAUGAACACUACCUCACUGCUUUUUUCCCCAUUAUUUUGUCCUAUUUUACUUUAAUUUUAAUUUAUUUUUUAUUUUAAUUUAAUUUUAAUAUUUUAAUUUAAUUUAAUCUUUUAAAAUAUUUCUAAGGAUGAUUUACAGUUUUUAUUUUCUGUUCGAAUGAACCACUACAACAAAUUUCACUGCACAUGCCGGCGAUAUUAAAUCUGAUUCUGACUCGGCCCGAUCGACUACCCAACCAACACCCCACCCCACCCCCCGAACGCUCCCUCUCUCCGCCACUGGAGCACAGUGUCUGCACACCACACUGGGCUACUCGAACAGCCCCUCACAAACCUGUUGCUUCAGCCCCCUUUCCUGUCCUGACGAAGGGUCUCGGCCCCGAAUGUCAGCUGUUUAUCCCUCUCCACAGACGCUGCCCGACCUGCUGAGUUCCUCCAGCGUUAUGUGUGUGUGUGUGUUGCUCCUGACAGGCUCCCGGGUGGAAAAGAUUCAAUCAGGACCACAAACAACAAGGGGCCUGGACCAAGAAAGUCGGGCCUGUCCCUUUCCCCUUUUCCGGAACAGGGACACGCGAGCCCGCGGAUGCCGGAAUCUAGGGCAACAUGCCGGCUGCCCGGGGGUGCUCUAAAGGUCCGGCAAUGACGGUGGAGGGGAAUGCACGGUUGGUGUUUUCGGCCGAAACCCUUCAAGUGGACAGGAAAGAAACUGAUGGGGAGUGGGGGAGGAAAAUAGUGCCGUAUACCGUUCAUUCAGGUCGUCUAACAAACAGUAACAGACGGCAACAUACUCGGAGCUGAGCAAAUUACUUGCAAGGGAAAGUCCAUCUCUGUAUCAGUCAGAUUUAAUAUGUUGUGAAAUCUGUUGUCUUUCCGGCAGCAGAACAAUAAUAAAAACGAGAAAUUAGAGUAAGGGUAGAUAUAUAUAUAUUGAAAUAAAUUUCAAUAAAUAGUGUGGCAGUGUUCAAUGUCUGUUCAGAAAUCGGAUGGCAGAGGGGAAGAAGCUGUUCCUGAACACCCC